GCUUAUUUUAGCGCCUGUCUGAAAAAUCACACCCUGAUAGGCUCAAGCAGAACAGAGGUGCGACGUCCUGCCCACAGAGCGCAGUUUACCGCUGCCGUAGUUACUUAUCACUGUCCUGCCCGCAAAGCGCAGAUGUGAUAUCCAACUUGACCUGACCUACUGUAAUCCACACAGUCAUUUUUGCUUCGGUCAACAAGGUCUCGACCGAGCGCUUCAUCUCUCGAGCGCUCAUCCGCUCGUGCGACAGUAAGCACGGCGCGCCGUCCGAAGCGGGCAUUAGAGUAAGUGAGUGCUGCUGUGAGGAGACAUUGUGGGAGGAUUCAGUGGGUGACAAGCUGUGUGCACCGGGAGGUAGAGAUCACACGGAGAGGAGGCUCAAGCUCGAGUCCAGCUACGGAAUCCGGGAUUGUUUACGCUGUACCGGGCACAGAGGAACACCGCUGCGCACACACAACCAAAAGAGUGGACUUGGUGGGUAGGGGGGGCGGGGGGACGUCCGUCUGUCACCACCAUGUCAGCGGCAACAGCUUCAAUAGCAGAUGUGUCCAGGACUGAUGUUACGAACAAAGAUGACGACCGUCUUCGGAAUAACGCAAGUCAGUCCAAGGCUCAGUGCACGCCGAUCCCACUGCCUGCCUUGGGAACCCAAAAGAUCAUCCAGGGUAAUGGCACCAAUGUGGGCACAGUCAUUUCCCUGCAGUGCCCAGCUAAACACAAACUGAUCGGAAGAGAGCUGACAUGUGUCAUGGGCCCCAACAGCACCCACUGGGUGGGGGAGACCUACUGUAAACCUCUGGCUCCCUUUGAGGACUAUGGUUUCCGUGUGGCUGUGUUGGCAUCCAUUGUAAGCUCAGCCAUAAUCCUCUUCAUGUCAAUGGCCUUCAUCACCUGCUGUUUGCUUGACUGCAUCAAAGAGGACAAAAGGAAAAAGCAGAAGAGGGAGUCAGAAAUGUGGCAGUGGGAGGAGCAUGCCCAGCAUGAGGAGGACAACAGGUCUCGCUACAGCCAUAAAGGCAGGAACAACAACAACAACACCCAGGAGAAGUUGCUCUCUCUGUGGGACACCCAGAACCCUGGCAUGUGUGACAACAUGCGAGCCUGCAGAUGUCAUCAGGAGUUUGCCUAUGGUCCUGCCUGCACAUAUGGCCCCUCUGCUCCGCUUGCUGCUCUACCGGGGCACGACUACGAUCAGCCUCUCUUACCACGAAAGCCAGAAUCGGCGCAGAUCUCUGCUCCACCCCAAUACCCUGGACCUCCACUGUCCUCCUGUCAAACUGCAAGCCCAGACUUGGUCCAGAUCUCAGCAGUGGGGCCUGGUUUGGUGUGGCAGUACGGAAGACAGCAGAGCAGUUUGUCUGGAGUGAACCCAUCAACCACGGAAGAGUCCAACACGAGGAACAUAAACCCUGCCAAAGAAUUCUCCAUAAGGAUUAUAUCAGUGUGAGGACACAUUGCACAGGAGAUGAACACCAUCAGUCAAGAACUUGUUCAGUCACCAAAUAGCGUCAACGUGGACUGCGUGAAGUAAUAACUGAACAUUCCUGGUCUUGUUGAAAUUGUUAUGUCUGCCGUUGUACACAGUAUGAAGGCUCUAUAGGCAUACUGAUCUGACAGACUUAUGUGCCUUUUGUAAACUGUGAUGGCACACUGCCCUCUGUCUGAAAGGGAAAGCCAUUGCACUUUUAGGACACCAGCCUUGCUGGUUGACAGUCCUUGUAAUUAGAAGGUCGAGGGAUCUUCUUGAUGUUAAUUGAGCUUAAAUUAAAUUGUUGUGACGAGGCUGAGGUUAACGAAAAGGUGUUCAUGUUGACAUAGUUUAAAGAACACUGAAGGUAGCUGAGAAAGUUGUCGUUUCAGGCCAGGAAAGUCCACUUUGUUGGAGGAGGAGAGCAACUGGAAAUCACUGGACUGGCGUGUAUGUAAAUAUAAAUUUUCAAGGAAUGUAAAUCAAUUAAAGACUUUUAAUGAGACUGAGUGAGACUGUAUUGCAAAGGAAAGAGAGAAAUGGUGUACAUUUCCUUCUGAGGGACCAAUGCAAAUUUACAAGUCAACAGUACUGUGAUUUUGACUGUUCUGUGUAAUGAUGUACUGCAGCUUAUAUGCAGGAAUUUCAAGAGAAAUGGUGAAUUUAUUACUGAAAGC